AUGGGUGAUCUCUUCCACCAGCUCGAGGUCAGUUGCAAAUCUCGACCGGCGACGAGUUCUACUAACAUGCUACAGACAGAAUACUGUCCACCAAUUGAUUCCGCUCUUUUCUCUGCUAUAGUCUCCGACUAUGACUUGACCAACUCAAACGCCACGACCGAGCUCAGGGGUACGCUGGAUGCUCUCAAAGCCACCGCCAUUGAAGAAGAGGCUACUGGUUUCGACGCCUCUGGAAGCGGCGCCCAACAUGAAGACUACAGCCCAGGGCAUCCAACCUCUGUGCCGGAAAGUGCUUCCGCGUCACGAGAAACCGACAUGACCAGCCUCUCCAACGGCCUCUCAAGCGUCGACCUAGACUCCGAAGGCUCCCCCGACCGUGCUGAAUACGAUUUCGAGGCUUGCGACCAAGACACCAAGGUCUCCAUCCUGAGAGACAUCUUUCCAUCGCUCUCCGAAUACACAAUCUCUCACACGCUCGCACACCACGACUCGAAAUGGAAGCCCGCUUUCGACGACCUGUUGAACCAAGUGUAUUUUGAAGAAGGCGGUACCAUCGACGGAAAGGACAAGGUGUCGGCUAAGGGCAUCGACGCCUUCAGCGAGGAGAACGUUGUCAAAAGAGGUCGGAAAGGGAAAAAACGUGGCAAGAAUAUCAAGACUAUCGACGCAAUGAGGUCCUCUUCGCUACCGACCGAGUCGCGACCAUCAACCAACCAAUGGCAGACUGCCAAAGGUGAUGUUGAUUUCAUCUCGGAUCGCGCCAACAUCCCUGCUCAGCUCGUGCUCUCGUUGUACAAUCAAGAAGACCGCUCAGUGUCACGGACCAUCUCGGCCAUCCUCAAGACCUUCUUGCCAGAAGACCCUCGAUCAGAGGAGCCCGGAGUUCAAGUGGACGCAUCUGUCCUGGGUCAAGAAUACCCCGGUCUCGCCCCUGAGUACCUGGUAGCUCUCAUCAAGCUAACCCAGCCAUCCAUGACAGCAGCGCGCGAACUCGCCAAAGCCUUGACCACAAAACCGCUGACCCACGAAACCGGCAGUCGAGUCAUCAUUCCACAGUAUGCUCCCGUUCGAAUCUCCGAUGCAGACGACUUCAACCAAAGUGGUUUCGACACCGACACUUCAACCGUAGACUUUGGCUCUGCCUCUGCCUCAACAGCCAAACUCAGAGCAGCACGACAAGCCGCAAUGGAUCAAGCCCGCGCCGCCUACCGCAAAUCGCGAUCCGACCGCCUCAUGGGCGGCGCUGCCGGAUAUUAUUCGCAGGUCGGUCGCGACCACGGCGCUGCACUGCACCAAUCCCAAGCCGCAGAGGCAAACGCCAUCGUCUCUGCGCAGUCCUCGGCCUUUGAGAUUGACUUGCACGGCGUGACUGUAGAGAAUGCUGUUCGCAUUGCUCGCCAGAGGACGAAUGCUUGGUGGAAUGGACUCGGCGAGAACAAGGUUAAUGGCCGAGUGGGGGCUGAUCAGCGUGCCAGUGGGUUCCGCAUCAUAACGGGUGUGGGACGACAUAGUGCUGGUGGCAAGGGCGUGCUUGGUCCUGCGGUCAAGAAAGGGCUUGAGCAGGACGGUUGGAGAUUGGAGGUUAAUAGCGGGGCUAUCACCGUCAGAGGCAAGAGCAGGAUACAUUAA